UCAGGUCUGUUGGGUUGACUGAUCUAAUUAAUUGUCUGUGAGGGCAGAAAUUAGAGCUAAAGGUGGUCUUGAUAAUAUGAGAUUGAUACUAAGUCGGCUUUCUGGUUAAUUGAUAGAUGAAAAUAUUACCCACACUACAUGACUUGGUUGAGCAGAUCUUGUGCAGUUCAACAUGUUGAACAUCAAACCAGGCUUGCGACUCAUCCUGUCCUGAUGUUGAUCCUGCUGUUAAGUCUGUUCAGAUGGUGGCAUCAGUGGGAGGCUUAUUAAAGCUAGUGGCAUUAAUGAGGUGGGGUUCAGUGAUGAGUAAUUGGUAGACGAAGCUUGAUAGACCGAUCCAGGAAGCUUGGUCACAAAUUUUCUCUGGAUAUUUUAGCUGGUGCCGUCUUUUUCAACAGUGCUCAAAUGAAAACGUCUGGCCUCCAAUUUUCCACUUCCUUACAUGUGGAUAAACUGUGAUUACGUGGACCAUUCUCAUUUGCUAGCCUCCUCUUUAUCUCUCCAUUCAGAUAAUAUUCCAUGGAAGCCCACUCCACCCCUAGUAUUCAAUUGACGGCAUGAGGUGUUCCUCUUCUCCUCCAAACAACAGCAACGGAGUCUCUCUGAGACUUGGUUGUAUUGCAUAAUCCUAAUCUCCCUUGUAUCUCUCGAUCCACUCAUCCAUUCAUGGCCCCUACUCUCACCUCCAAUUCAUUCCUUCUCACCACCCCUCCCCACCCGAGGCUCACUCUCAAGAACCCAUCACUCAGAGUAUACGCCAAGAGGGCUGGACCCCUCUCUGCCUUCCGCCUCGGCAAGCAGUCAGACGGUCCAUCCGAAGAGAGCCAGGAGAAUGGGUCGGCCAAUUCAGCACCCUUCUCCUUCAACUUUGGUAAGGUAUCAGAUGUCUCGUCUCUGAUCCCUGUUAUGACUAAGCCCUCCUCCGGGUUGUCAUUCGGCCGAAGAAAAGACCCUGGCACGGUAUUUGUUGCCGGAGCAACUGGGCAGGCUGGCAUUCGCAUCGCCCAAGCUCUGCUUCGUGAAGGUUUCAGUGUGAGGGCCGGUGUGUCUGAUCUCGGUGCGGCCCAGGAGUUGGCUCGUCUUGGUGCCAAAUACAAGAUCAUAUCAAAUGAGGAAUCAAAGCGUCUGAAUGCGGUGGAGUCGAGCUUCCAAGACGCGGAAUCAAUAGCAAAAGCAAUAGGGAACGCCAGCAAAGUGGUAGUGACGAUAGGUUCAGGAGAGAACGGGCCCACAGCAGAGGUCACCCCAUUGGACGCCUUACAAGUGAUCCAAGCAGCUGAUCUGGCUGGCGUUGGCCACGUGGCUAUAAUCUACGACGAGAGUCCCUUCGUGUCAUCCACAUACAAUGUGAUUGACGGCAUCUCAACCUUCUUCAACAACCUCUUUUCCCGAUCUCAGCCGUUGACGGUGACGGAGUUUUUGCAGAAGGUGGUGGAAACCGACGUCAGCUACACUCUCAUAAGAACCAACCUUACGGAGGACUUCUCACCGGAGAGUUCGUACAACGUGGUGGUGUCAGCUGAAGGAAGCGUCAGCUCAAACGACUACAAAGUGGCCACGUCGCAGAUAGCGUCGCUGGUGGCGAACGUUUUCUCCAACACCGCCGUGGCAGAAAAUAAGGUUGUGAAAGUUUUUACUGAUCCUGGAGCGCCAUCAAAGCCUGUGGUGGAGCUUUUCAGUGCCAUUCCUAAGGAUGGAAGGAGGGAAGCCUACGCAGAAGCACUGGCCAAGGCAAAAGCAGAGGAAGAAGCACUUAAAGCCACUGAGAAAGCCCGUGAUGCAGCCGAGGCUGCAAAGAAGCUUCAGCAAGAGGUGAAAAAGCUCUCAGAGCAAGAAACCCGUGCUGCUACUCUGGCUGAUGAGGCCAAAGAGAAGGCCGAGGCUGCUGGGGCUUCUGUGGAGGGCUUCUUGAUUAAAGCCAAAGACCUUGGUUCUGGACUCUCCUGGGAAAAGUUCAGCUCCCAGCUUGCCAUUUCUGUUCAAAAGCCCACUGAGAAACCUAAAGUGCAGAUUGCAACUGUCAGGGGACAGGCCAAGGCUCGGUCCCUCCAGCCAAAGAAAGCAGUUGUCAAACUGCCCACUUUUCCAAGACCCCCGGCUUUCAAACCUAAGGAGGAGCCAAAGCCUAAAGGUAAACAACCCGAAUCAAAGGCAGAAGUGAGGAAGGUGUUUGGAGGCCUGUUUAAACAAGAAACCAUAUACAUUGACGACGACUGAGAGAUCUUUCCCCACUCAUUCGUAAUCUUUUGGGUUGGUUUGGUGCAGAUGUGGUUUAAGAUUUUUAGUGGCGUUGUUCAAGUGCAGUUUUAUGAGUAUCGGCAACUAUUGUGUACAAGCUUUAAGGCUUCCAAACUAUUAUUUUUUCCCCUAUGAAGAUCAAAUCUCCUCCAACUUUCUGGGUGAAAUCUCUCUCUCAUCUAGCUGAUGUAGUUGAUUCAUGAUAAAUCUGGAUCAAGCAUUCCCAUCU